AUGAGUCCGGAUGACUUAGAUAGGGAACUUUUUAAAAACGGUCUCGGAAUAUAUGAAAUGCCAGCAGAUGAGGUACAAGAAACUCCACAGGAAGAAGUUCAGAUACAACCAGACAUGGAAGAAAUAGUUCAGCAACAACAGCUAGAAGAGCCUGAAGGAAACGAACAAGUCCCUCCUUUGGAAACUAACUUCACAGAACUAGAUGAAGAUUUGGAACAGCCGAAAAAUCUUGACCCUCAACAAGUGUAUGCGGAGAAUAUGGAAUCUUUCCAAGAGUCUAAGAAAAAUUCGGCUGACAUAGUAGAAGAAUAUCGAAAAAUGUUCGCCGACAUACAAAAGACUCCAACAUCAGAUGAAAAUAUUCAGCAUAGAAUGGAAGUACUGAAAGAAAAUGUACGCAAAUACAAUAAUCCUUUUUACUUACGACCAUAUAACGUUCAAUCUUUGGCUGAACUCGGUGAAAAUAAAAGGUUAAAUUUCAACAAAACAUAUAGAAAUGAAACAUUGUUUAAAGUUCAUUCAGAACCUAACCAAUAUGGAAACAAACCUACUUUUGUUUCUGCAGACUAUGGAACUACAAUGAGAUGGGGUCAUAAAGCUAAUCCGGAUAGGUGGUUCAUAAACUUACAACCUCAAUUCCAAGAAGUUGUAGACGCAAUGGAAGUGAAUGGUGAACCAGAUAUAGCUGGUAUUUUCAGCGCGGCUUUAAUGCCAUUGAAAGAUAUGAAAGAUGCAGAUAUUUUGGACCAGUAUGA